AUGGCCGAGUCAGAGGCCCGGGACGUGUUUCACCGGAUAUGCUCAAACCCAGAUCACGUGGUGCUGGUGGCAGAGCUUGACGGCAAGGUGGUCGGGGCUGCCACCCUACUCAUAGAACAGAAGUUCAUACACAAUGGCGGACGGGCGGGCCACAUAGAGGAUGUGGCCGUGUUGGAUGAUAUGCGGGGUUCAGGCAUCGGUGCGAGCCUCAUUCGCGUAUGCCUGGACCACGCAGUCCGGGCCGGGUGCUACAAGACCGUCCUGCAGUGCACCGAUGCGGUAAAGGAAUUCUACCAGAAUUUGGGAUUUCGGCACCACGACAGCGGCAUGAGAUUCGACCACUAA